GAGGUGGAUCCCAACACACAACUGUCAGAUACAACUUCUGCUUUCACUGCGCUGCACUGAUUUGAAUAUGAAGUAAAUGUCAUAGCUGGGUGUUUCUGCCGUGACAGCUGCACACAGCUACCCGGCUUAACAGAGCUGCAGUUUCACAAAGUCUCACCGACGACGACUUCAAACCGAGAGUUGGUGUACUACAAAUAACAAGAGCUUGAAGCCAGACAGGAAAACGUUAAUACACUUCAGAAAAAUGCAAAAAAGAUGCCUUCACUGUCCUCUGGAAUGGAUAGUCUGAAGUAAUGGAAAACAGAGAGGAGAGCCCUGCAGACGAACAGGCCCCUACUCCUCCAGAGCGAGGCCUGCUCCACACAUGGCAGUCAGCAGGCCCCCUGGCGCAGCUCUGUCCGGGGAGAGUGCUGCUGGCCAGGCCCGUCCUGCAGGUGGCCCUUGGAGAACACCAUGGACUCCUGCUCACACAGGGUGGACAGGUGUACUCUUUUGGAGAGUUGUCAUGGAGGGAUCUGAGCGUCCCGGUGUCUGCUCCCCUGCUGGAGGCCUCUCUGAUGGGGAGGGUGGUGGUCCGCGUGGCUGCCGGUGGUUUUCACUGUGGAGCACUGAGCGAGCAGGGCAACGUCUACAUGUGGGGGGAGAACACUGCAGGACAGUGUGGGCUGACUGAGAGGGACACAGUCACAAACAUCACAGAGCCCUGCCCGGUCACAGUGGUGGACAGCGAGGCCGUUCCUCCAGCAGGGGUUCGGGUUGUGGAUCUGGCUCUUGGACGGGAGCACAGCCUGGCUCUGUCGGCCCAGAACGAGCUGUGGGCCUGGGGCAGCGGCUGCCAGCUCGGACUGGUCACCAGUACCUUUCCUGUGUGGAGACCUAAGAAGGUGGAGCAUCUGGCAGGCAGACAUGUUAUUCAGGUGGCUUGUGGUGCCUACCACAGCCUGGCCGUGGUUCGCAGUUUACCUCCACAGAAGACCCAGAAUCCUUCUGAGAAGAGGGAGCGGGGUCAGUCACCUCAUUAUUCAGUGACUGAAAGGGAAGAGCAGCUUGCAGUGGAUGCCGGUCACUACUGUCCGCUGGGGGUGGAGCUGAGUGAGUUCAUGACAGGCGAGAGCUCUCCCAGAAGAAGAGGCCCCAGACGAAGGCUGCAUCCUGGGGGAAGGUCAGCUGGCAGCAGUCCUGGCUCUGCAACCGGUUCAUGUCCACAUUCUGAAGAUGGCAAAUCUUACACUAAACAGACUAAUCUUGCAUUUGGGCACCCUCUCAGUGAGACUGACAGCAGCCCAAAGUCUCACCGGCCCUUAGGCUGGAGAGCCAAUAAGAACUCUGCGUCCUCUGAUGGAACGGAGAUUAAUAACCUCCUCCAGAAACUCUCCAGUCAGCCCUUGGAGAUUCACCAGAGUACCGGCCCAGGAGACACUGACUCACUGAGCAGUUACACUUCAGAUGACAGCUGUGUUUCCUCGACUCCUUCCACGGAUGUGUUGACUUCCAGUUACAAAGAAGACUCACCAAUUAAGGGUCAAUCCAACAAUGGAGUGGCUGUGGCGUACUCCUCCUCCCCAGUGUGUUUGGAAGAAGUUCGGCUCUGUCUGGAGGCGGAGAAACAGGCACUACAGGGGCAGAAGAGCACCAGUCUCACAAAUAUAAACCAGAAGGGGAACGCAGCAGCCAACAGGAGACGCUCCCUACCUGGAACACCCACCCGUGGGUCUCCACAGCGACGGAGGCCUUGUGCCUGCAGGCCGUCCUCUGCAGGUCGGACCCCGACCGCGGCCCCGGAGGAGGCUGGAGCCGGGCUGCCUUCUCUGGAGACAGAAGUGUGGAGCUGGGGCCGCGGGUCGGAGGGGCAACUGGGCCACGGAGACCAGCUGGCCAG